CCCAAACCCACCAAAACUCUCCACAGCCCAACGAGCAAAAAGCCUCGUCCUGGAAGAAGCCGCCCUUUUCGACCGCGAUUUUCGAGCAAUAAACAUCGGCGCACGUUUCUAUACAUUUUUGGGUAUUUUCGGCACGCAGCUCCACGUUUCUACAUUUUUGGUAUUUUCGGCACGCAGCUCCACGUUUCUACAUUUUUGGUACUUUCGGCACGCAGCUACACGAUUUUUUAUAUAUAUACAUUUUUCGUCAUCUUCGGCGCGCAGCUCAACCACCGUUCCCACAUUGGGAGAUCCUCUACGCGCAGCAGCUGAAUCAACUCAUCAUCACUACAUCGUUUUAUAAAACAUUGCCACCUUCACUGGUAUCCGACCAGGAGGUUUUUAUUAUAACCUUUUCGUUGCUUUCAAUAAAAUUUUUAACUUGAAGUGAACAACAAAAUACUUAUAUAUUGCGUCCUAAAAGGAGUGGGUAUUUAAAAACAAGUGGUAAGUCGUAUCUAUGGUCCUUCGAGCCAUCUUGGAUGGCACUAUUGUGAAACAAAGAAAAAAAUAAUAAUAAUAAGAAUAAAAAUAAUUUAAAACAAAAUUAUACAACCAAGUGGUGGGAAAAAAAAAGCUAAAAAUAUUAAGUUAAAGUGACAAACAAAAGUGAAUAAGUGCGCAAGUGCAGUGAAAUUGACGAAGAAAAAAAAAAAGAGAAAAUAACAAUUAAAAAGAGUGCAAGUGAAAACAGCAUGUGAAAUUAUAUAAAAAAUAAAACAAGAUACAGUGCCCGAAACUAAAAUAAUAGAAUAUAAAAAGGAAAAAAAAGUAUAAGUGUUAAAAGUGCACACAUACUUACCUAUUCCAUGUGCCCGCAAAAAGCCCAACAACAAAGUUUGGGUAGUGACAAAAAACAGGAAAACAAAGAAAUUAAAAUCAAAUAAGAAUACACAUACAUAACAUAUACAUCACAGUGCGGUGCAAAAAAUAAGCAGUUACAAAUAAAGAACGGGCGCGGGAAAAAGAAAACAAAACCACCUAACUAAUAAGUAAAAAACAAAAAACAGCGGGCGCGAAUAUAUAAUCAUAUAUGUAUAUAAAAAAUACAUAUUAAUAUAAAACGGGCGCGGAAUAAAACAACAGACAAAUAACAACAAGCCAGCAAACAAGGAACCCACCGAAUCAUCCCAGGGCAGGAUUAUAAGGACAAAAACCGUCCGACCCACAAUUUGGCCAUUACUAAUCCCCAAAAUCCCAUGAGGGAUAUCAAAGCAAACAUGGAUUCAGAGAGCAUGUCAACUCCAACACCAACACUGCGAUCGGCCAUCAGUGUUCCCCGUCCUGGGGUUGUCCCAACCGCGGCGCCCCGUACAGUCACCGCAUCCGCACCGUCAACUGCAGCUCGUAAUGGCACACGAGCACCAGUACCCACACCGUCACCACCAGCGGAGCCGCAUCGCAUACGAUGCCCCCUUUGUCGCCGCCCCCAUCGACUGCAACACUGUGGGCUCUUCAAGGGCAUGUCACCCAUCCAGCGGCAGCAGUUAGCACAGGCGCAUGGGCAUUGCAACAAUUGUCUGGCACACAUGCACGCGACUGAGGACUGUGACUCUGGGGCAUUGUGCCAAAUGUGUGGCCGGCAGCAUCACACGCUGCUCCACCGCACCCCAAGACGUGAGGUUGGUCGGCCACCUGCCACUCGCAGACCGCAGCAACCCAGCAGUGUGGCACGACGACGAAGACCGCCACCACCUCCUGAGUCCCGCCUAUGGCGUCCGCGAAACGCAGUACCCAUCAGGCGCCAUCGUCAAAGACCACACUACCGGCGCACGUCCGGACUUAGCAACGUUGUGGCAACGUUGCAACAACUUCAGCGAUUGCUAGGCUGAACUUUCGCCUAGGGGGGCCGGGAUGGCUAAAUGAGUUAAGCUUUCCGCCCUCAUACACUACUACACCACACAACACUCCACUCACAAAGCAACACUGGCACACUCACCACACCUGGAGACAACACUCAGCGAUUGGAAGCAGCAGUCUACACCCACACACACACACACCAAUACACGCCCAAACCCACCAAAACUCUCCACAGCCCAACGAGCAAAAAGCCUCGUCCUGGAAGAAGCCGCCCUUUUCGACCGCGAUUUUCGAGCAAUAAACAUCGGCGCACGUUUCUAUACAUUUUUGGGUAUUUUCGGCACGCAGCUCCACGUUUCUACAUUUUUGGUAUUUUCGGCACGCAGCUCCACGUUUCUACAUUUUUGGUACUUUCGGCACGCAGCUACACGAUUUUUUAUAUAUAUACAUUUUUCGUCAUCUUCGGCGCGCAGCUCAACCACCGUUCCCACAUUGGGAGAUCCUCUACGCGCAGCAGCUGAAUCAACUCAUCAUCACUACAUCGUUUUAUAAUACAUUGCCACCUUCACUGGUAUCCGACCAGGAGGUUUUUAUUAUAACCUUUUCGUUGCUUUCAAUAAAAUUUUUAACUUGAAGUGAACAACAAAAUACUUAUAUAUUGCGUCCUAAAAGGAGUGGGUAUUUAAAAACAAGUGGUAAGUUGUAUCUACUAUGGAAUGGUUCAUAUGGGAAGUAACAAAGU